AUGAAAAAAAUUUAUAGGAAAGAGUAAUAUAAAAAUAAAUAUUAAUUAAAUAAGCAUUUGCAAAAUUCAAAACAAUUGAUCUAAAACGAUUUUUAUGAUUAGUAAAAACAGAUAUUCAAGAAGCAAUCAAAGAAUAUUAUAAAAUAUUAUUUCUUAACUAAAAUUUAAAUCAUUUAUAAAGAUAUUAAGAUUUAGCUCAAUUAAAUAUAAAAUAUGAGAUUAGAAUUCCCUAAUAUCUUUUUUUACAAUAUUCAUAUUCAAUAAAGCAAGAUAUAUUUUAGAUAAACAAUUGUAGGUUAUGGGCUUUGAUGUCAUUAAAAGGUCAAAUCUUUAUUAAAAUAAGGAAAUAUGAUAAUUUUUGAAAGGAACUGAUUUAGAAUAAUUUGGAUAUUUGAUAGAUUUUAGUGUUCUUUUAGCUAUUCACUUAUAAAAGUAUUUAAAUUAUAAACUUUAGAAGUUUAAAAAGUGAUAGUAAAUAAUCAUUUGAAUAUAAAUGCUUUAUUGUUGAAAGAAAUUAUAAAAGAUUUAGCAAAAAUUGGAGAAGUAAAUUGAGAUUAUUGGAAAGUUCAUAGUAAAAAUUAAUGUAAAUGAAAAGAAAUGAAUCCUGA